AUGUUUGAGCACUUGGCCUCUUUAAAGGUUGUUGACCUUGCUGAAAAUUCCCUUACUGGCACAAUAACUCCAUUGUGUAAGAUUCACAAUUUGAUUGACAUGGAACUCAGCGGAAAUGAUUUUCAAGGUUUAAUUCCCAAUUGUCUUGGAAACUUGACUUCAUUCAUCUCUCUACAGCUAGCUUACAAUCAGUUUGAAGGUUCAAUUCCAAAUAGCCUAAGUCAUCUUUGUAGAUUACAACUGCUUGAUUUACGUGGCAAUAAAUUGACAGAUUUUACUACAGUUUUAUCUGGCUGCCUCUUAAGUAGUUUGAGAACACUGUGCUUAGAUGGAAACAAUUUUAGUGGUCAACUUCCAAAAGGGCUGUACGAGUAUAGGAAUCUGGAAUACCUUUCACUCUCUUCAAAUUCCUUCUCUGGUACAAUAGCUGAGUCACUUGGAAAUUUAUCAACGUUGCAGUAUUUGCUUAUUCCUGAUAAUAAGUUUAGUGGCAGCGUUCCCUUGAACCUUGGACAACUUUCCAACCUUGAAAGUGUAGAUAUAUCUGCUCUGUUUGGAUUCCUCCUUUUCAACUUCUAA